AUGUGGUGGGGAUAUAGUCCUGCAUUAGACAUACAAUCUGAAGUUAAUAAAUACGAAACUAAUUGUCCAGGUGAAUGCCUUGAGGUAUUAAUUGUAGGUGCUGGUGAUGCAAGACAUAUUCUGAAGACAGUAGCAUCGUCUUAUUUACACCAUGAUCGUAUUAUAAUAUAUAACGUAGUCGAAUCAACAUUGGAACAAGUUGCUAGAUCCAUUCUUCUAUUAAGUACAAGUUUAGACACAAACCUAGGUUUACAAGAGGCAACUCGAUAUUAUUUAGAAAUAUUUGGGAAUACAUUAGUAAGGCCUGCAACAGCGAAGUAUUUGAUAAAGUGUUCAAACCAUUUGGCAAAUAUACCAACAAAUACAAGUGAUUGCCCUUGGUUAAGUUUAGAAAAAUUCAAACAAAAAUUUUGGGCACGUGCAACAUGUGAGAAUAUUCCUAUUGUGGAAUAUUGGGAUCAAAGAAUUAGAAAAUCGUUGAAAACAAGAUAUGAUUAUCGUGAAGGUGUUUUUGACUGGGAUUAUCAUAUGAUUUUGAAAUCUAGAGGUGUUUCAAAUUUAACUUUACAGGAAUAUAGAUUUUGGAGAAAUAAUGGAAUAGCAUUUACUUGGAUAGAAGGUGAAUCUGUUAGGAGUAAUCCAACAUUAUUGAACAAUAUAAUACAACAUGGGCCUGGAUUUAUACAUUACACUUACUUAGGAGAUAUUACAAAUGGUCCCUUUUUUGCUUGGGCUUUACAAGAAACAAAGGAUAACCACAUAGCAGCUGAUGUAGCUGAACAAGAAGUUAUGUGUUCUAUAUAUGCAAUCAGAACAAAAGAACCAAUAUGUAAAGACCUUAUUGGGUCACAUAGAGAUUCUUGUAUAUUAAAUGGUACAUUAGUAGUUGAAACACCCAAUAAAGAAAUGGAACAAGAAUCAUGGAAAACUAAAAGAAAUAAAUAUAAAAAAGACGAUAUAUCUUGGACAGAUAUUAAAAAUCAUAAAGUAAUUUUUCACCCCAUGGCAUCUUUAGAAUCUUUUAAAUAUAAAGAAGAAUAUGUUAAUAGAUUCGAUUUUAUUUGGACAGCUCACAAUACAGUGAAACAGUUACCUAAUCUUGUACCAUUGCUUAAAAAAGGAGGAAUAGUAUUGGUGGAACUUCAGAAGUAUCUGGUGGAGUCACGAGAGGAAAAUUUACAAUGCUUUCUACAAGAAUUAAAAAGUGUAGCACAAGCAAAUGGAUUGUGUGAAAUUAAUGAUAUAAAUGCUAAAGAACAUUGUAUCGCUAGAUUUUGCAAAUAA